GCAUUCAUCCGACAGGCCCGCCAUCUCGAUUUCCUUUCUCAGUAUACCACCACUUUUAGAUUUCUCAAAGGUCUUUAUGCUAAAGUUGUUGAGUGUCUUGUUCGGGUUGGAAUUAAUGUCUUCCUCCGCACUUCCAUCGAAUCGGAGCGAAUGACAGAACUGCAAAACCAACCGACUUUCACUGAAAGCCUUGAACACUGGUCUUCAGAUCGAGGCUAUUCCUCUUUCCACUACCCCCGGUACAAUCUUAUGUCACGUAACGCGCGGUGCCUCCUGACCUGUAGUGCCAAGCGAGAUGAGACGAGACUUUUUGGCACGUUGCACAACCUUGCUCACUCUGGCAUCCACACCAUCCACCGCCUCUUCAGCGAACGCUUUGUCUGGCCAAGCAUAAACACUGAUAUCCGCUAG